AGACCUCAAUUGCAUUACGAUCUAGAGAAGACAUGGUUAAUAUGUCAAAGCCAAAAACAAAGCUCACCAAAAAAUCUCCAAUUACCAACAUAGCUUCUGAAAAUAUAACUCCUAAAAAUGUAACUUCUAAAAAUGUAACUCCUAAAACUUCUAACAACAUAAUAGUUAAUCAGCAAAAAGAGACCUUAAAGAAUAGAUGUAAUGAUUCACUAAAAGGUACAUAUAAAUAA